GCCGCCAGCCGGGCCCCGGCGACAUGGACGUGACCGUCUCCGAGCUCCUGGAGCUCUUCCUGCAGAGCCCCUUGGUGACCUGGGUGAAAACCUUCGGGGCGCUGGGGAGCGGGGACGGGGACAACCUCGGCGUCUACAUGGACCUGGUGGAUGGCGUCGUCCUCAACAAAAUCAUGCUGCAAAUAGAUCCUCGACCAACCAACCAACGUGUCAACAAGCACGUAAAUAAUGACACGUAUCUUCGCGUUCAAAACCUGACCAUCUUAGUCAGAAACAUUAAGACUUACUAUCAGGAGGUCCUCCAGCAGCUGAUUGUAAUGAAUUUACCAAAUGUUUUAAUGAUUGGCAAAGAUCCUCUCUCUGGUAAAAGUAUGGAUGAAAUUAAGAAGCUGCUGUUGUUGAUUCUGGGAUGUGCUGUGCAGUGUGAAAGAAAAGAAGAGUUUAUUGAAAGAAUAAAACAACUGGAUAUUGAAACCCAAGCUGCCAUUGUGUCACACAUUCAGGAGGUUACUCACAACCAGGAGAAUGUCUUUGACUUGCAGUGGCUGGAGCUCCCAGAUAUGGCCCCAGAAGAACUAGAGUCCCUCUCCAGGAAUAUGGUUUUCCACCUCAAGAGGCUCAUUGAUGAGAGAGACGAAUGCACAGAAGUCAUUGUAGAUCUCACUCAGGAGAGAGAUUAUCUGCAGUCUCAGCAACCACCAAGUCCUCUGAAAGCACCAAGUCCAGAUUCUUCACCAAACCCAGCCAACCCUCUUUCUAAUGAAGACAAGCAGCACCUUGCAGUUGAGCUGGCCGACACGAAGGCUAAAUUGAGAAGAAUCCGGCAGGAGCUGGAAGAGAAGUCUGAGCAGCUUGUAGAUUCUAAACAUGAAGUUGAGCAGCUCACCCUAGAGCUGCAAAAAAUAAAACAAGAGAAUAUCCACCUGGCCUCAGAUGCUCGCUCUGCUCGAGCGUACAGAGAUGAGCUCGACUCUCUGAGAGAGAGGGCAAACCGUGUGGAGAGACUUGAGAUGGAACUUGUUCGGUGCAAAGAGAAACUUCAUGAUGUGGAUUUUUACAAAGCUCGCAUGGAGGAGUUAAGAGAGGACAAUAUCAUAUUAAUUGAAACAAAGGCCAUGCUAGAAGAACAGCUAACAAUGGCAAGAGCUCGUGGUGACAAACUGCAUGAAUUAGAGAAGGAAAACUUGCAGUUGAAAUCCAAACUCCAUGAUGUAGAGCUGGACCGGGACACGGACAAGAAGAGAAUUGAAGAGCUGCUGGAGGAGAACAUGGUCUUGGAGAUUGCACAGAAACAGAGCAUGAACGAGUCUGCACAUCUAGGCUGGGAACUAGAACAACUGUCUAAAAGCACAGAUCUUGCAGAUACCAGAAAGUCCUUUGUGUUUGAGUUGAAUGAAUGUGCUUCCAGUCGCAUACUGAAGCUAGAGAAGGAUAAUCAGAGUUUGCAGAACACAAUCCAAGAGCUGAGAGAUGCCUCCUUGACCUCCAGAGAGAGCAGCCUAAAGUUUGUGGAACUGGAAAAGGAAAAUCAACAGCUUAGCAAAAAGAUUGAGAAGCUGCAAAAUCAAAUUGAAAAAGAGAAGCAAAGUAAUCAAGAUCUGGAGACCUUGAGCGAGGAGCUGAUAAAAGAUAAGGAACAGCUACAAGUCAUCAUGGAGACUCUAAAAGCUGACAAAGACAGACAGAUAAAGGACCUUAAACAAGAAAAUGAUCACCUUAAUCAAGUGGUCUUAUCUCUGAGACAAAGAUCUCAAGUGAGCAGUGAGGCAAGAGUAAAAGACAUUGAAAAAGAGAACAAGAUCCUUCAUGAAACAGUUACAGAGACUAGUAGUAAACUGAGCAAGCUGGAGUUUGAGAAGAAACAAUUGCAAAAGGAUUUUGACCAGGUUAAAGAAAAAGUGGAAAGAGUGGAAGAAAUGGAAAAAGAGCUUCAUCGGCUGGAGAGGGAGAAUGAACAGCUCACAAAGAAGGCAGCAGCGAUGAAAAUAGUGACAGAAAAAGUGGAAGUUCUCGAGCAGGAGAAUGGGGAUCUGGAAGUGGAAAACAGGAAGCUAAGAAAAUCCCUGGACACAUUACAGAAUAUUUCCAUCCGUCUUGGGGACCUGGAAAGGGACAACAAACAAUUGGAUGAAGAAAAUCUGGAGCUUAGGAGAGUAGUGGAGACCAUGAGAUUUACCAGCACUAAAAUGGCACAAAUAGAAGCAGAAAAUAAAGAUUUGGAGAGGGAGAAAGAGGACUUAAGAAAGAAUGUGGAAAUGUUAAAAGCAAUGAGCAAGAAAUCAGAGAGGCUGGAGCUAAGCUAUCAGAGUGUCAACUCUGAAAACCAGAGACUUCAGCAAAUCGUGGAGAACAGCAGCAAAAAGAUCCAGGAGUUAGAAAAAGAAGUACAGGGAAUGGAGAGUGAAAAUCAGGUCCUCCAGAGGAACCUUGAGGAGCUAAAGAUUUCUGCCAAACGGUUAGAGAGGUUAGAAAAUGAGAACAAAGCCCUAGAACAAGAAAUGUCUCAGCUUGAGAAAGAUAAAAAAAUGCUAGAGAAAGAAACAAAAAGGCUUUGGCAGCAGGUGGAGCUGAAAGAUGCUAUUUUGGAUGAUAGUACAGUAAAGUUGGCAGUUGCUGAGAAAGAAAACAAGACAUUAGAAAAGGAAAUUGCUCGAUUCAGAGAUUCAUCUAAUAAGCUGAAAGAAUUUGAAAAGGACAAUAAAGAUCUCAUAAAGCAAGUUACAAUUGAUAAAAGAACGCUAGCUACAUUGAGAGAGGAUUUGGUUCUGGAGAAGCUGAAGAGUCAACAGUUGUCUAGUGAGCUGGACAAACUGAGCCAGGAACUUGAGAAGAUAGGAUUGAACAAAGAGCUGCUACUACAGGAUGACAACGGCAAUGAUGACACAAAAUACAAGAUUCUGGAGAGCAAAACAGAAUCGGCACUAAAAACAACACUAGCUGUGAAAGAGGAAAAGAUUGCAAUGCUGGAGGCUCAAGUGAAAGACUCUCUGAACUUGAACCAACAGUUACAGAAUGAUCUAAAUAUGGUGAAGAAGGACUUUGAUGCACUUAAGCAGACUCAACAGGAUGGGCAGUAUGCUCAGAAGUCACUGAGGUAUUCUGCAGAGAAACUCAUUCCCAACCACCAAAUGAAUGAGAAAUUGGAAACGGGGCACAGAGAGGCUACCAUGGAGCUGCUGAAACUGAAGGACAGGGCAAUUGAACUGGAAAGGAAUAAUGCAGCCCUGCAUGCUGAGAAGCAGCUGCUUAAAGAACAGCUGAAGCAUUUAGAAACACAGAAUGUCUCCUUCAACAAUCAGAUCCUGACACUACAGAAGCAAAACGUCUUCCUUCAGGAGCACAACACUGCUCUGCAGACACAGACGGCCAAACUCCAGGUAGAAAAUUCAACCCUCAGCUCCCAGAGUGCUUCACUGAUGGCCCAGAAUGCUUUACUUCAAAAUCAGCAGACAGCCAAGGAAAAUGAGAAUGAAAAUCUACUGAAACAGAAGGAGCAGCUGAAAGCUGAGUAUGAGUCAUUGCUUCAGGACCAUGAACACCUUGCUUCACUGCAUGAACGGCAGUCUGCAGAAUAUGAAAUGCUAAUAAACCAGCACAGCUGCCUGAAAACAUUACACAAAAACCUGGAUCUGGAGCACAAAGGUCUGGGUGAGAGAUACAACAGUUUAAUGAAACACAAGGCAGAACUGGAAGAGUUGGAAAUAGUUUUAAAAACUGAGAGAGAAGUUCUGCAACAAGAGAGGAGAUCAAAUGCAAUAACCACUGGGGAAAAUCAGAAGCUAAGGGAGGAAUUGGACAGGGUGAAUUUCUUGCACAACCAACUAAAGGCAGAAUAUGAAGGGCUGCAUUCACACACUAAAGAGCUGAAAACUUCCCUGAACAACUCUCAGCUGGAGCUGAAUCGUUGGCAGGCUCGCUACGAUGAGCUGAAGGAGCAGCACCAGUCCAUGGAUAUCUCCCUGACCAAGCUGGAUAACCAUUGUGAGCUGCUGUCCCGUCUAAAGGGAAAUCUGGAAGAAGAAAACCAUCAUCUCCUGAGUCAGAUUCAGAUGCUGAGCCAACAGAAUCAGAUGUUACUGGAGCAGAACAUGGAGAACAAGGAGCAGUAUCAUGAAGAACAGAAACAGUACAUAGAUAAAUUGAAUGCCUUAAGGAGACACAAGGAAAAACUUGAAGAGAAGAUAAUGGAUCAGUACAAGUUUUAUGAUCCUACUCCAAAAAAGAAAAACCACUGGAUUGGGGCCAGAGCCUUAGUCAAACUAAUCAAGCCAAAGAAGGAGACAAGGGAGCGGUUGAAACCAGCAGCAGAAAGCACUCCGUGGCAUUCUGAAUCCCCAGAGACGGUAAACUCUCCAUCUGCCUCCCAAAAACUGAAACAUCAACAAGAGACUCAGGAUAAUACCUCUCAAGGGUCAAACUCUGUGGAAGAGAGGGAGAAUCCUGGGGGUUCUUCAAACAAAGUGCUAAUGGACCUAAAGCAAAAGAGGAAUUCCCAUCAUGGAGGCAGCAAUGAUAGUGUUGAAAUCUCAGCAGACUCUGCAACAAAACACUGCUGUGUGGAACUGGGUCCCAGGACUUACUCGACGUCAGCUAUUCAUCUGCACACUUCCACCCCCAUCUCCAGGCUCCAGAACAGACCAAAAGGCUAUAAUUCAGAAGAUAAUCUAUGUGAACAGUCCCCUGCGGUAGAGUUUGCAAGCACCAGACAGCAUGCGUCCAGGCCAAACAGUUUAGAGAGCAGUAGAAACGCUUCCAGCAGUAGUUCACCUCUCAAUUUGAAAGGUUCCUUAGAUCAUAUCCAUGGUAGAACUGAGAGUCUCAGCAGCGAAGAUACGGUGCCAAGCAGAGAGGCACCAGCCUUGCUCCGAGACACCUAUCCCUUUCACUCCGCUUCUGCCGUCUUAAGCCCUAGCAGCAGGCAUGAGUCCUCCUCCCACAGGAAUGGUUUGAUCUCUUAUGAUAUACCUCAGAAGAGUACUCCAUCCCAGUCUUAUGCAGGCAGGCAACGGUCUGCCUCACCUGGCAGUGAGAUGGUAACUUUGGAAGAGUUCUUAGAGGAGAGCAACAGGCUGUCCCCACCAAGUGACACCUCCAGUAACAAAGAUGACUUGCUCAGCGAUUAUUUUAGGAAAGCAAAUGAGCCUUCAACUACUGGGAACCUGCUGGUUCAGCCAUCCAGAAAGGAGGCUGCUAAGAUGCCCACUAGUCUUGUUGCUGCAACUGUAAAGAUGACCACCACCAAUGAAGAAGGAAGAACAGCUAAGCCUGGAAAUUACAUGAAGCCAAACCUCAGACAAGUGGAACCUGAGCCUCUGGCAAACUCCCAGGGGUCCCUUAAGCUUCCUCACACACCACAGCACCAGCCUGCCAGCGGGAUGCGGCAGAUGGCACAGCCUCAGCAGCCUGGAACAGUGAGCAGGAGGAGUACAUCGCUGAGCAGGGCAUUUAGCUUAGCCUCUGCAGACCUCCUCAGAGCCACCGGCCCAGAGACAUACAGGCAGGAGAGCCCUCAGAAGUCAGCAGCAGACCUGCAUGGGGGCAAGGACGCUGUCAGUCAAACCACUAGGGCUUCUGUGCCAACCAGCUCCCAGGCAACCUUAAGAGAGAGGCCACAGUCUGCAAAGGUGGCAGGUUCCUUGCAAGGUGUCGAUUCCCGCUGUCGGCAGCUUGACACAAGGCGCCUUUCCCUGGCCCCACCACAGGAUGAGAGGCCGCUUUCCUUCCAUCAGUUCUCUGCCUCACCCACUGCAUCCACCAGCAAUCUGAACACGCAGCAACAGGAGCGUGUGAACCCUGGGCAACACUACUCACCCACAUCACACACUCUCUCUAAAGUCAAACCCAAGCCAGCCCCUCGUACUGGGGAGGUGGCCACAGUGGCCCCUGCCAGAGCUGUUUCCAGCAGGACUGAGGGAAAUACUUCCCUAGGACAAGGCCAGGGAGAUGCCCUACUUACCAAGUGCCAGGGUAAGCUGCCAGAAGGCAGUGCUGGGGCUAUGGAGGAGCCUGUGAGAGGAAGCAGCUCCAACAGUACUCCUGGGUCUCCGGACCCCCAGGGGGAUCAGCAGACAGUUUGGUAUGAGUAUGGGUGUGUGUAACCCACGGAUGCAGUAGUACGUGUGUUUGGCAUUGCUGAUGUCCUGGUAGCAUUUGGCUAGACACUGUGCCAAGUCUUAAAAGUCAUCACCUGCAUGCUGCUCUGACUGUUCUCCGGGCACUGUUUUCUAGUUGGACAAAGUAUGAUUAAGAGAAGCAAGGAGCAAAACCCCAGCCCUUCUUUUGACACUGUUGUGCCUGAAACAAAGUGGAAGCCUGACCUAAUCUCACAGCAGGCUUGGCACCUGAUUCUCACAGGUGCUGAGCAUUCCCCACACCAGGAGAAGCUUAGCAGGGUCCUCUGUCAUCGCUGCACUGUGCACCCCUUCUACCUGCAUUA